UUAAAACAUUUCAUCAAAAGAUGGCUACUCCAUUGAUUGUUUCCUUUGGAGAAAUGCUUAUCGACUUUGUCCCUGACACUUCUGGUGUUUCCUUGGCUGAGUCCACCGGUUUUCUCAAAGCCCCUGGUGGUGCUCCAGCUAACGUUGCAUGUGCCAUCUCCAAGCUCGGUGGCAAAUCAGCUUUCAUUGGCAAGUUUGGUGAUGAUGAGUUUGGGCACAUGCUUGUCAACAUAUUGAAGAAGAACGGUGUGAACAGCGAAGGAGUUUGCUUCGACAGCCAUGCAAGGACUGCAUUGGCCUUUGUGACACUAAAGAAGAACGGCGAAAGAGAGUUCAUGUUUUACAGGAACCCUAGUGCGGAUAUGCUCUUGAAAGAAUCUGAACUCAACAAGGAUCUCAUCAAGAAAGCCAAGAUUUUCCACUACGGUUCCAUUAGCUUGAUCUCUGAGCCAUGUAGAGCGGCACACAUGGCUGCUAUGAAAACCGCCAAGGACGCUGGAGUGUUACUCUCUUACGACCCUAAUGUUCGGUUGCCUCUUUGGCCUUCCACUGAGGCUGCCAUAGAAGGCAUCAAAAGCAUUUGGAAUGAGGCUGAUAUUAUCAAGGUAAGCGAUGACGAGGUAACAUUACUCACUGGGGGAGAUGCAGAGAAGGAUGAUGUUGUUUUGUCUCUAAUGCAUGACAAGCUCAAGCUGCUUAUUGUAACUGAUGGAGAGAAAGGUUGCAGAUAUUACACAAAGAAAUUCAAAGGGAGAGUGCCUGGUUACUCUGUGAAAACAGUCGAUACAACUGGAGCUGGUGAUUCUUUUGUCGGUGCAUUUCUUUUCUCUUUGGGAAAAGAUGGCUCCAUACUCGAUGAUGAAGGAAAGCUAAAGGAAGCUCUUGCAUUUGCGAAUGCAUGUGGAGCUGUGUGUACAACUCAGAAAGGAGCUAUUCCAGCCCUUCCAACUCCAUCUGAUGCUCAGCAGCUCAUGAAAUCAAAGUCCAAAUAAUUUUACUUUUUGUUCCUUCUCAAAUGGUACUCAUGCUUCUUUUGUUUCUUCAAUUUUGUAUUGACUCUAGUCUACUUUUUGUUUUGUUUUUUCUCUUUUAGUUAUCUGAAUAAAUUAGUGUUAAAAUGCCUGCC